UAGUCUGAGGUCCAGCCCCCUCUCAGUAGCAUUCAGUGCCAGACUUCAGGGAGGUAGUUUCCUUCUCACAAAACAGCUUGUGUAACUGAGCAGAGAGUCAGAGAGGCAUGGGCUGGCGGAAGGGUAUUCCUGUGGUUAAGCAGGGGCAGGGGCUGAGGCCGGGGCUGAGGUUGGGGCCAGGGUUGGGACUGAGGCAGGGGCUUAGGCCGGGACUGCUGGUUCUGCUGUGCUGCCUUGCCCUGUGUCCAGCAGAUGUCCAGGGGGACAAGGUCCUGGUGAUGCCUGUAGACGGGAGCCACUGGCUGAGCAUGAAGCUGCUGGUGAAGGAGCUGGCGGCCAGAGGCCAUGAGAUGGUUGUGCUGGUCCCUGACACAUCCAUCCUCAUCCAGGGCUCUGACUACUACAGGACUGAGACCUUCAGGGUCCCCUACAGCAAGGCACAGCUGGACGAGAACGUCAACAAACUGAAGGACGCUGCAUUCCUCAAGGCUCCGGAUGUAAUGGACAUAUUCGUGAACGUGCAGCACCUGGUUCACUUCACCACCAUGCAGAUGAAAGGCUGUGAGGGUCUGCUGUAUGACGAGCCCCUGAUGAAGCGACUGAGAGGAGAAAGAUUUCACAUGAUGCUGACUGACCCCUUUCUACCCUGUGGAUCCAUCAUCGCUGACUCCUUCAACAUCCCAGUGGUGUACUUCUCGAGGGGGAUCCCCUGUGGGCUGGAUGAGAAGGCUGCCCAGUGCCCCACUCCCCCAUCCUACGUACCACGCUUAUUCUCCGGCAACACUGACCACAUGGAUUUCUUAGGGAGGGUUAAGAACAUGCUCAUGUACAGUCUGGAGAGCUACCUGUGUACGGUGAUGUUUGCCAGCUUUGACGAGCUUACCAGCAGGUACCUGGAGAAGGACAUGACGUACAGGGAACUUCUGGGUCACGGGGCGAUCUGGCUGCUGAGGUAUGACUACUCCUUUGAGUAUCCCAAACCCAGGAUGCCCAACAUGGUCAACAUUGGCGGCAUCAACUGUGGUAAAAGAGCUCCACUUCCAGCAGACCUGCAGGAGUUUGUGGAUGAGUCAGGAGAGGAUGGCUUCGUGGUCUUCACCCUGGGCUCUAUGAUCUCUCAGAUGCCUGAGGAGAAAGCCAAGCAGUUCUUUGAUGCCUUCAGCAAGAUCCCUCAGAGGGUGGUGUGGAGGUACACAGGAGUGGUGCCUGAGAACACUCCAGACAAUGUCAGAUUGAUGAAGUGGCUUCCUCAGAAUGAUCUGCUGGGCCACCCCAAGGUCAAGGCCUUCAUCACCCACGGAGGAACCCACGGUAUCUACGAGGGGAUCUGUAACAGUGUUCCCAUGGUGAUGCUUCCGUUGUUCGGUGACCAGAGUGACAACGUACAUCGCAUGGCGGUGAGGGGUGUCGGGGAAGUGCUCACUUUGUUCGAUAUCACCUCAGAGAAACUGGUGGAGGCCCUCAACAAGGUCAUCAACGACAAGAGUUACAAGGAGAAGAUGCUGAAGCUGUCAGCGGUACAUAAGGACCGUCCCAUCGAGCCCCUGGACCUGGCUGUGUUCUGGGCGGAGUUUGUUAUGCGCCACGGCGGAGCGGAACACCUAAGACCCGCCGCUCACGACCUCAACUGGAUCCAGUACCACAGUCUGGACGUGUUCACUCUGCUACUCACUAUAGUUCUCAUUGUUGUCAUGGUCACUGUUAAAUGCUGCAAAGUCUGCUUCCGCAAGUGUUGUGGAACAAAGAAGACUAUGAAGAAGAAGAAGGAGUGAAUGUCCUUCCUGUGGCCUAGGCUGGGAUUCAAUCAAAGGCUCGUUGUAGAGCGCUGUCGACGAUAAUGUGCCUUUUAAAGGCAAUGUUCCUGUGUUUGCUGAGAUCACAUUCACAGUAAACGCUGCAGAUGUUGGCUCAAUCAGAAAGUACCUUAAAAUGUCAAGCGUGCUACAAUGCGCUACAGAUUGAAUCCCAGCCCAAGCCAUCAGGCCCUAGAGUCCAGAGUAACUAUACUGCCCACUCUAGGCCCUGUGUAUAACAUUUUUAUGUUUGUUUGAUAUCUCAGGAUAAUGUCAGAGUAACUUCAUGUAUCUGUUGUCAAUAAGGCCUGAUGCCUGCCACCAGCAAGACAGUCUCAUUCCACCACAGGAGGUUGGUUGCACCUUAACUGCUGGUAAUGGCUGGAUUGGAAUGACUGGAAUGGUAUCAAAUACAUAGUUUCCAUGUGUUUGAUGCCAUUUCAUUUGUUCCAUUACAGCCAUUAUUAUGAGCCGUCCUCCCCUCAGCAGCCUCCUAUUUAUUCCACAGUCAGCCACUGUGCUGUUGGAGUGUGACUUCAAAACUGUUGGCCUGUCUAGCAUGUGUGAUGCCAAUUCAAGAUCCUGUUUAGUAAAAAGCAUGAGCUGACGCACACCCACAUUGUUUUGUAUAGGCGCUAACCAACAAGGAUUGAACUGUAUAAAAAUAAAUCAAGUCGCGCAGUCAGAGUUACCAAAACGUUGGUUAUUAGGUUUACUUAAUCAGUUGUUUGGAGUAUAUAUAUUGAGUGUACAACUUUAUUUUUAUACAACUUAAGAUCCUGGUAACACAACCAAUAUAUGUCAUGUUGGUAUAAAGGAUUAUGGAGACAGGUGCAGGAAUACACAAUAGGGGUUUUUAAUACACCCAAAACAAACACGUAUACUAAAACACUGGGCUGAACCCAAACAAAAGAGCGAGGGUAAACCUCGUUGAACGACACAGGACGAUUCCCAUAAUACACAAUAUAUAAGACACGCAGCAUAACAGCUGCACCAACGCAUAGGUACUCACACCACCAGUGGACACGGGAACAAUAAUCGACAGCCCAAUAGAAACCAAAGGGCACACUUAUACAAGUAUUAAUCAGUGGGAAUAGGGGACAGGUGUGCGUAAUGAAUGUUCCGGAGGGAUCCGUGACAAUGUAGUGGCAAGAGAGAAUUUCUCUUUGUCUUUGAAAGGAAUUUUGACAGUAAAAAGCUAUGGCAGGUGUGUCAUUUUGCCUGGGCCUCAUUCGGUCUUCAUCAAGGUCCAGAGAGCACCACUGACUUUUAAAAAAUAUUUCCUCGCCGUCAAAAUUUGCUAAGUGUAGUCCUUUAUCCAACGUUUUUGGAAUUUCCGAUGCUCCCUGACUGUCUAGCUUUCAUUUCAGUAAUUAUUGUUUUUUGUUGUACAGUACUUUUUCAUUAUGUUUGUAAUAAUGUUUCGAGUGAAAAAAAACAUUAUUGUGAAAAUCUACAAAUAAAUUGUAAUACAAAGUUG